GCCGCAGCCGCACGGCAAUUAGUGCGCUCCGGUGCGUGACGAGCACAGACACCGACCGACUCUCGGGCGCCGCUUUACCGGCAGGAUCUGAUGAGCGACAGAGCACAAAUGCGCUCGUUUGGAGAGAUGCUGUGGAUUAUACACUCGGUGGGACUUUAUGCCCAAAUCAGCGCGAAUUUGGCGGUGGACAAUCACGUAUCUGGAAACGGUAGGUGUGUGCGAGGAACGGAAACAAGCGGAACGGCACUUAGUUGAGUGUGAUGGGAUGCGUCUCGAGCUUUUCUGGAGCAUCAUAUAUGAACUGAUUCAGAUCACCCAAAAACCCUGCCUGGCUCUCUUCACCGAGGUUCCUCAGGACGUGGUCUCUCAGGCUGGAGAUGAUGUGGAGAUGGCCUGCUCCUUCAGGGGUGCUAGCUCCUCCUCCGUCUCCUUGGAGAUCCAGUGGUGGUACACCAGAAACAGCAGAGACUGGGCGGAGCCACCAGCAUGGACAGCCAAUCAGGUGGUUUCCGAGGAAAACACACCAAAGGGAGCGACUAAAAUAAGUGUGGUAAAAGUGGUUGGCAGCAACAUCUCACAUAAGCUUCGCCUGUCUAGCGUCAGACCAUCAGACGAGGGAACCUACGAGUGUCGAGUCAUUGACUUCAGUGAAAGCCGAGUCCAGCGCCACAGAGUCCAGGCUUAUCUGCAGGUCCAUCCGGACGGCCAGCAGGAACACCGGAGUCCCGUCCACAGCACAGAGGACGAAAAGAAGGCGUCAGAGCGGAGUCCUGAAGAUCUACACAAGAGCCAUCAUAACAGAGAAGAAGAGCAGAGAACGCAGGAAGUGGCCCGUCGGUUUCACGAAGAGGAUCCUCAUCAGCUCCUUGAGGAGAACAAGACAAGAAUGGGAGAGAAACACCCGUCAGAGAGCAGAGAUCUGAAAACAGAGUGACUGAAAAGAAGAGGGCCGUCUCGAUAAAACUAGAACAGUCCUGAAGUUACGAACGCAAGCUGUCCACAUAAGUAUACUUAACAUUAGUUUUAUUGCGAGCUCAAAUUGUUCUGAUUUGCGCUAUAAAAACGAAGAUUUAGACAGAUGGUUUAUUCAAGCUACUUAGAAAGCUUUUGCAAUCGAACCUAUUUACUUUUGGAACCAUUUCUGUUGGCUAGUCUUCUUAAAAACAUUAGGCGAUCAGCAAAACUUUAGUUUUCUUUGUGUUGGUUUGACUCUUGAUUCUUCUCGUCGUGUGGUCAUCGAAAGAGAGGACAGGAAUUGAAUGAAUAAAACUGCAGCAGAAACGAGAGGUGAUUAUUAAUGACCGAGAAGAAACGAAGAGGGUGCAUUUGGCUGCGCUGCGGGGCGAAAGAGAAAUGUUAAUUUAUUCAUUAGAAAGGAAGGACAAACAAGGACUGAAUGUAAUAUAUUGUUUAUGUCGGUGAUGUUUACUGAUCUAUUCUCCUGCACAUUUUAUUUGUGAGUUUCAUUUGUUAAGUGGUUAUCAAAAAAUGGAUUGUACACAAGAUGGUAAACGGCUAGUGUGUGUGUGUGUGUGUGUGUUUUAUAAGACUUUGAAAUAGAGCUACAUUUCUAAAUGGGCUUUUCUAUUAAUGUUGAACAGAUAUUCUGCCGUUUUCUGAUGUUAAAGUGAUUUUAAUGACGCAUCUUCUGUACGUCUGCCUUGUUCUGCUUUAGUGUUCUGUAUGGAGGCAAAUGCUUCAGUUAUGUAACUUUAUUGCAUUUCUGAAGAAAGUGUCCCUUGUUUCAAUUUAAAAAGUCCUAUUAAACCCUAAUAAAAUAAUUGCGCACAUUCUA